AUGAGAUUUAGCUCUCAUCUUCGGACCCCAAAUAAGCCCUUUUAUUGGAGUGUAAAAGUGCAUCAACUGCUUCAUGUUAUGGCAACGAAGCUUAAAAUAAACACCCUUCCAAUUCCUACCUCUACCCAUGAUAUCAAAGCAGGAACUUCCUGCAUAGUGAAAGGAUGGGGAACUACUAGUAAGAGGAGGAGAUUUAAGAAAUUCCGUGCAAUUAACGUCACCAUCAUUGACAGAAAUGUUUGCAAUGACAAGAAACAUUAUAAUUCUCAUCCUGUGGUGACAAAGAAGAUGGUGUGUGCUGGACAGAAGAACAGUGGGAAGGAUUUAUGUGUGGGUGAUGGCGGUGGGCCAUUGAUAUGCAACGAGCAUCAAAGAGGCAUUGUCUCCUUUGUUAAAAAAUGUGACCAUCCUGAAUAUCCUGGCAUCUAUACUCAGCUCACAGACACCUAUAUCUCCUGGAUAAAGACCAUCAUAGAUGAAAAUUCACCGUGA